GACAGAGAAAGAGAAUCCGCAUCAUUGUGAAUUUAAAUUUGGAAGCAGACGUGUGCCACAAGUGAUCACAGGCACACUAUCGUUAUAAACAACGUUUCACAUUGGCUUCGUGCAGGCGCACUUCACGUUCAACUGAUCUCUGGGCUAUUUUCAUAUUCUGGGUAACGUCUCGGCCAAGUCUACCCUGACAUUGGGAAUAACAAUUCGAGGGAGAGAGACUUGUUUCACGCAUUUCGGUGGUUAAAUCACUGCCUCGACAUGGGCAUCUUGAUAUCCAGAUUUCGGAAAAAGAAAACGACGAUUGAAAUUCUGGAGGACCUGGACUCGAAAAUCAAGGAGAUUCAGCAGUAUGGACAGACGACUGAGCAGAGACACAAGAAAAUCGUGGGGACUCUGAUAAUUUACAGUGUUAUACUUUAUGUUGUGACAGCUGUUCUCUUCUACUUUUACUUCUUCCCUGCAGCAUUGUACGAUCAACUGUUCUACAUCAUUCCACUACUCAUUUUCCCACUGCUCAUUGUCUUCACCAAGAAACUGGUAACAUGGUACUACAAACGAAAGAUAUCGAGAAAUCAAGAAAAACUGUCAACAAUGCAGGAGCAGAAGAAGAAAAUUCUGGAAGACGUGACAGAGACAGAAACGUACAAAAAAGCGAAGGAGAUCCUCCUGAAAUUUGCUCCUGAUCAGCUGAGAAUGACACCACUCACACCUCAGCUUGCUUCGAAGGUAAUCACGAGUCCCGUGUCGACACCGAGACGCCCUAGCACCCCUCAGGCAGUAGUUCCACCCCUGCCAGGUGGUGGUGAGCUCAGAAGACGUGCCCUAACGUUGUCAAGUCCUCAAGAUAAUUCCUCAGUAGGUAGGGGCUUUUCUGGUACUGUUCCAGUUGGAGUGGCGCCUUCCGGUACCCCGCCUGUCUCCUCUCUACCGAGUAGACCACAAAACCCGGCGAUAAUGGGCCCUCGUUCCCCCCUGCCACGUCCUAUUCUCCCUCAGCAGAGAAGCUACUUGGAUCGUCUGGUGGAGUAUCUAGUCGGCGAUGGGCCCUCCAAUCGUUAUGCUUUGAUCUGUCAUCAGUGCGACUCGCACAAUGGCAUGGCACUCAAGGAGGAAUUCGAGUAUUUUGGAUUCAGGUGCUGCUACUGCAACUACUGGAACCCAGCUCGAAAGCAGAAGCCCUCAGCCCCAAAACUGGAGACUGAAGCUGCAUCACCAUUCUCGUCUCCCCUGAGCAGCCAGAAACCGAGCGACAUCGAGGCCUCCUCGUCCUCAGGAACAGAUUCAGACAUUGAGGUGGUGGAGAAGCCCGAGACCCCCGAGAUUCCGGACGACAAAGUGGCGGAUGCAUUCUCUCAACAAAGUGAUGAAUCUAAAGUAGAAGAGGUGACUGCUGAGGCAGAGGAGGAGAAGGAGGAAAAAUCAGUCGAGGAGGUGCAGAGUGAGCAGAUGGAGGUGGACGACUCGACGAAGGAAUAAUUCAAAACGACUGGAGAGGAGUAACCCUCGAGGAAACGAGGAACAAUCAGGAAUUACCACAAGUGGCUUUGCGUAAUUAUUAAGUCAAUCAACUCGUCAUUUGUGAAGUGGAAAGUGUGGAAUCGUCACGUGAUUUCAGGGGAGAAUAUCGACAGAUAUUCUCAACGAGAAAUCGAAAUUACCGGAAAUAUUGGAUUGGGUGGAUUGAAUUAUUUUAUUUAACUUAUUCACCGCGUCACGAGAAAAUCCAUUCCACUUCGUGUUCACUCGACUAACGCCACGGAAAUGAGAUAAUUAAACGAGUGGCAUUUCUGAUAAUCUCUCGUCACAAUAAUCACACGUUCAUCGCAGUAAUUGUACACAAAUGCUAAUCAUUAAGACUCAAAGUUACUGUUUAAUGUUAUUUGGAUUGUUUUGAGGGUUUAAUUUUAUGAGCUGUGAUCAAUCUUUGUAGAAUCCUUGGAAUUUUAGAGCUCCAGGGGAUGCUGAUGAUUUUAUCGCAUUUUUUAUGCUCAAAAAAUGAGGAAAAAUCGAGUUUUAAUGUUUUUCGUUGACGACAUGUGGCUGUACAGGCGUAAAAUAUUCAAAAUAGUUCCCUCGUCAGGAUUUUUAAUGCAUUCAUUUUUUUUUAAACUCCAAUUCUUCGAUUUUUCAAUUUUUUCAUCAAUAAACUAAAACUUGUUUUUAAUUUUUUUGAUCAUUCAUUUUACAAACUGCCUUACAACUGAUAAAAAACAAUAUAAAAAAUCAAAAAAUUGGAAUUUAGAAAGAAAACACGUUUUUUUCGUCAAUAUAUUAUGUUUGGAAACCAAAAUUGAAGUCAGUCCAUUAAAAAUCCUGGUAAGGGGCCCAUUUUAAUGAUUUUAUGCCUGCACAUCCACAUGUCAUUAUUGGAAAAAAUUGAACUUGAUUUUUUCUCAUUUUUUGAGUAUAAAAAAUAAGAAGACAACCCCCUGCAACAAAUGUGAUUUCAAGGGUUCACCGUUUUGUUUAGUUUGACAACAGAAUUACUAUUGAGACUGUUUCCAUCUUGUCAAUAUUAAUGGUGCGCUCAUAACGAUCAAUUGUUCGUGAUUGACCUCUACCCCUUACUCAAACCCCUCAAUCUCAACGAUAGUCGUUAAACUCAUCUCCAUGCACUGUACAUAAAUUAUUGAACAUCGAUUUUGCAGUUUUUCAAAUGAUGGAGUUUAUGAAUUAUUUAUAAUGUAGAAAUGUUGACGUUGGAAUAUUUAAUGUGUCACGUGAGGAUUGUCGAAGUCAAUGAAUUUCAUGUACAAAGAGUUAAUGAGGUACGGGGGAAUUGGGGAGUCACGUAGUCAUUCGUCCCCGCUAUUUUCGGGGGCAGAUCCUCGAUUGUUUGAUUUUUGGCUGAUGAAUCAUUGCGUAAAUUGUAAAUGCCAGUGUGAGCGGCGGGUUUUACUACGGUUCAUUAUCCUAGUAGAGUUAUUCGUAAUUUAUAUUAGUCAUGUAAUUGUCAUCUUUCUCUUUUCUAUUUGUACCGAUAAUGAGUGAUCCAGAAAUAUGAAAUAUAGUUUUUAGUAAAAAUUAUUGGGAGUUUUUAAUGACUGAAAAUUCCGUUGUGAAGUUCACGAAGUUAUAAUUUUUUUAGGAUUUUCAGGCUUGAGAAAUUGCGGUUUUUAUCUUCAGAGAAUAAUUAUUUCGCCCGGUUCUUCUUCCCAUCACAUUUUCCUUUGCAAUUCGCAGUUAAGGAUAGCCAAGUAUCUUUUACAGUUUCGCACAGACCAUAUGAUAGAUUCAACCAGAUUUAAUCGUCAAAUUUGUCAAUUAAAUUGCGUCAUUCAAAUUAAAUUUUUCAUUUUUUUAAAACACUUGUUUAAAAAAAUACAAUGCAAUAAGAAUAAUGCUACGAUUUUCUGCUUUUCCGUCAUAUUCCGUAUAUUUCCUUAAAAAUGAAAAUGAAUGGAUAAACUACUCAUCAUCCAUGGGUGUGAUUGCAGGGGGUGCGCAUUCACUGUGCUUCACACCGAAUGAGAAUUUCGGGGGAUUUCUUCUCGUGUUGUAAGUCGGGUAAUGCGCAGGGCCUGGACCAACGGCAUGACCGAAAGUUUUCGUCCGCGAUUUGAGGGAGAAUGCGGGGUAUUUUCGCUUCACGACGUCUGUGUUGAAGGCGUACGCUGCGGGACCAGGUCCCAGGGUUCUUUUUCUCAGAUCGUGCAGGCCAGUUCUGAAAACAUUGCACGAAAGAAAAACUGCGAAAUUCUUCAACAGAAUUUUUUCGCGAAUUCGAUAAGUUUUUUACUUGUAAUUAAUGAUAAAUAAAUAAAUAGUGAACAUAAAUACAUAGUGAACGCUCCAUAGGCUCUUUUAUCCGGUAUAUUAGGACCCAAACACGAAGGGACCAUGUACGCAUUAGGCGCAGGAAUGUCGGAUCUCAAUUUAUCGGUUAUUCUCCCUUUUAGGGAAUAGGCUGGAGGCCGAGGAGCAUGAUUCAUGGGGGGACAGCUCUCCGGACGAUAUCCGCAAGGCCCAGGCCCCAAAUCAUAUCCUGAAAAUUUGUAUUUAA